AUGCGGCGCGCUGCUGACGAGAACGUGACGGACAGCGUGGACGGACAGCGUGGACGGACAACUGGGACGGACAACUCGGUCGGACAGGCGCGACCUCGCGAGAGUGUGUGGCUGCGUCAUCGUCACCACCUCGUCACCGCCUCGUCACCACCUCGUCACCGCCUCGUCACCACCUCGUCACCACCUCGUCACCACCUCGUCACCGCCUCGUCACCACCUCGUCACCACCUCGUCACCGCCUCGUCACCACCUCGUCACCACCUCGUCACCGCCUCGUCACCACCUCGUCACCACCUCGUCACCGCCUCGUCACCACUUCGACACCGCCUCGUCACCACCUCGUCACCACCUCGUCACCACCUCGUCACCACCUCGUCACCGCCUCGUCACCACCUCGUCACCGCCUCGUCACCACCUCGUCACCACCUCGUCACCGCCUCGUCACCACUUCGACACCGCCUCGUCACCACCUCGUCACCGCCACGUCACCACCUCGUCACCAUCUCGUCACCACCUCGUCACCACUUCGACACCGCCUCGUCACCGCCUCGUCACCACCUCGUCACCACCACCUCGUCACUACCUCGUCACUACCUCGUCACCGCCUCGUCACCACCUCGUCACCACCUCGUCACCACCUCGUCACCACCUCGUCACCGCCUCGUCACCACCUCGUCACCACCUCGUCACCGCCUCGUCACCACUUCGACACCGCCUCGUCACCACCUCGUCACCACCUCGUCACCACCUCGUCACCACCUCGUCACCACCUCGUCACCACCUCGUCACCGCCUCGUCACCACCUCGUCACCACCUCGUCACCACCUCGUCACCACCUCGUCACCGCCUCGUCACCACCUCGUCACCACCUCGUCACCGCCUCGUCACCACUUCGACACCGCCUCGUCACCACCUCGUCACCGCCACGUCACCACCUCGUCACCACCUCGUCACCACCUCGUCACCACUUCGACACCGCCUCGUCACCGCCUCGUCACCACCUCGUCACCACCACCUCGUCACUACCUCGUCACUACCUCGUCACCGCCUCGUCACCACCUCGUCACCACCUCGUCACCACCUCGUCACCACCUCGUCACUCAGCCGACCAGGGAGCCGGGCGUGUCCUCAGCCCCGUAG